CACAGCGGCCACCCGCACGCGUCGCGGUCGAGGGCGCGCGUCGCUCGCGACCGGGGGACCGCGUUUCGACCCUCUCGCGCGCGCGUCGCGUCCUUCCCGCGCGACGAUCGCGCCUCGAACGCAGAUCUCGAGACUCGCAAGAUGGUCGAGCUCUCGCAGAAGAAGAGCAAGAAGCGCAAGGCCCCCGAGGGCGACGUCGAGGCCGCGCACGGGAACGGGACGAUCAUGAAGGUCAAGGUCACGAACUUCAUGUGCCACCACAACCUCGAGGUCGACCUCGGGCCGAGGAUAAACUUCAUCGUCGGCGAGAACGGCAGCGGGAAGUCCGCGGUCCUGACCGCGAUCUGCCUCGCCCUCGGCACGAAAGCGAAGAACACGAACCGAAGCGACAAGGGGAUCAAAGGGUUCAUUCGCGAGGGCGCGACCUUCGCGAAGCUCGAGGUUUCCAUCCGCAACGUCGGCACGGACGCGUUCGAGGCGGACAACUACGGCGAGGUCAUCACGAUCGAGCGGACGAUCAACGGGUCCGGGUCGACGUCGUUCAAGAUCCGGAACCAGUGGGGGAAGGAGGUCGGGAACAGCAACCGGGACCAUCUCCUGCGGAUCACGGACCACUUCAACAUCGACGUGGACAACCCGAUCGUGGUGAUGUCCCAAGACGCGUCGAGGCAGUUCCUUCACAGCGGCAAGGACACGGACAAGUACAAGUUUUUCGUGAAGGCGACGCUGCUCGAAGAGAUUCAAAACAAGCUCGCGUACGUCAAGUCGCGCGUCAAGGAGAUGGACGCCCUGAUCAAGAACCAGGAGGCAGAGCUCCCGCGCGUGAAGCAAGAGAUGGAUAACCUUCAAGACGAGGCGGACUCGUUCAAGAAGAUGGAGGAGUACGCCGCGAAGGCGGACGAGUUUAGGGACCGCCUCGCGUGGGCCGACGUCUUCGACGCGGAGAACACUCUCAGGCAACUCAACGAAGAGCUCGAAGCUUUGGAGGGGCACGGCGCGGACGAGUUGAAGAAUAAGCACGAAGCGCAGAGGGCGCUCGUGGAGGAGAAGCAGCGCGAGCGCGAAGAAGCGGAGAAGGCGUUGUCCGACUUCACCGCGCGAGCGCGCGGGGCGGUGGACGCGAGGAAGGCCUUGGAGCGGAAGUGCCACGAACUCGAGCGACGGCUGGGUCACGCGGAGAGUGACCUGAUAGGACGCAACAACGAUGUCGUCGAAUGUAAGCAAAGAAUCCAGGGGCUGGAGCACGGGAUCAAAGAGGCGCAGAUGAGCGUCGCGCAGCAGUCGCAAGCGCAGGACGUGACGUUCCGCGCCGCGAUCGACGACGCGGAGGAGAGGGUGAAGGCGAUCGAGGACGAGAAGAGCGCGGUGAUGCGGCACGGGCAGGAGCUGAGGGCGCGGAUGGUCGACGCGGGCAGGGCGGAGAACGACGCGACGAGCGCGGUGCGCAAUCAGGAACGCCUCGUGAACGACACGAAGGAGCAGCUGAUGACCGCGGAAGGGGACGACGGGAACCUUCUCUCGCUCUUCGGAAGGGGCGUGCCGAGGCUCGUGCAGGAGAUAAAGAGAAACGAGAGGAUGUUUUCUCACCCGCCGAUCGGGCCGAUCGGGAUUCACGUCAAGCUCAAGAACCAGAAGUGGGGUAAGGCUGUCGAGGAGCACAUGGGUAAAAUCUUCGAGUCGUACAUCGUCGCGUCCAUGAAGGACCGGGCCACGCUCGAGAAGUUGUUGAGGGAGUGUCAGGUGAAUGCGACGGUUAUCGUCACGAGUAAGUUUGGCCGAGGGAAGUACCAGAUCCCCGCGAACAAGCUUCCCUCGUCCGCGCUGACGACGAUGAUGGACGUCAUCGAUAUCGAGAACCCCACUGUGUUCAAUGUCGCGGUGGAUAUGUCGGGCGUUGAAAGAGUCGUUGUCGUGCCAGACUACACAACCGCGACACAAGUCGCGUAUCCGAAAACCGGCAAGAAGGACCCGAACAUCAGCCAGGUGUAUUCGUUUGAUCACAUUUUCUCGAUGGGCAAAAGCGGCUUUACGCAGAUGAUCAAAGCCUUUACGCGUAAGGAGAUGCCUAGUAGGAUCGCGUCGGACAAGAAGGCGUGGAUCAACGGAAUGAAAGAGACGAUCAAGCAGGCGAACAGCGAGCGCGGGGCGCUUCUGAAACGCGCGGACGAGGCGAGGAAGGAAAAGGCGAAAAUCAAGACGCUCCUGGACAAAAACGCGAGAGAGUUCGACGACGUCCGCAUGAAGCUCGACCACGCGAAGAUCGCUCUCGAUGACGCGAAGGCGGCCGCGCGCGACCGAGAGGACCCGACGGUGCUCGACGUCUCGAGGCUGGAAGACGAUCUCGCGCUCGUGCGAAGCGAGCUCGACGUCGCGAUGGGACACGUCGAGAGGACCACGGUCGCGAAGCAAACCGCGCAGGAGGCGCUGAAAGCCGGGCACGACGAGCUGAAGGCGGCGAAGGCGGCGUAUAAGACGACCAACGAAGACGCCGAGAAUUUCGAAUUGAAAUACACAGCCGCGGCGACGGCGCACAAACUCGCGGUGGAAAAUCUCAACUACUACGUGGACAAGCUCGAGGUGCUUAACGAUCGGGUCGAAGAAAAGAGGCUGAUGAUCGAACAGUACGCGCCGUUGAUCCAGGACAAAAUCACAGACGCCGAGGCGGUGUGCGCGCGAUCGACCGCGGAGGGGUACCUCGCGGAGGGCGAGACCGAAUACGACGUCGCGCAGCUCACGAAGCACUACGAGCGCGCGAAGAAGCAGAUGGAACGCGAACGCGAGCGGCACGCGCGGCCGCAACAGGAGGUGUUGAAGCUCCUCGGACACGCGCUCAAGAACUACAAUCGUCUGGAGUCGAUGCUGAAGAACUCGAGGGACCCGUGCAAGCGCCUGAACGCGGGCGCGAAGCAGCGGCAGAAGAUCCUCAAGGAGACGGCGCACGAGGUGAACAAGACGGUGUCGCACAGGUUCAACCACUACCUCUCGAUGAAAGGGCACGCCGGGAAGGUCAUCGUCGAUUACACGACCGCGACGCUCACGCUCGACGUGAAGAUGCACGGGCAAGGGCAGACGGUGAAAGACACGCGCGCGAUGUCCGGCGGCGAGCGUUCGUUCUCCACGCUCGCGAUGACGCUGUCGCUCGGGGAGUCCAUCGAGAGCCCGUUUCGCGCGAUGGACGAGUUCGACGUCUUCAUGGACGCGGUGAACCGUAAGGUGUCCAUGGACUCGCUCAUCGACUUCGCACGGGACGACUUCAACAAAGACAAGCAGUUCCUGUUCAUCACCCCGCAGGACAUCAGCGCGGUGGACGCGUCCGCCGUCGACAUCAAGGUGCAGAAGAUGAAAGCCGCGCGGCCGUCGUGAGGCGCGCCGGCGCGAGCGAGCGGGGCGGGGAGAGAGAGGAUGCCGUAGUUCACGAUUGGUGUACGUCGCGACGGAUGGACGACGACGACGAUGAUGACGACGAUGAAGUCAGCGCGCGAGUUCUAAGAAGAGUUCUAAUACAACGCACGCACGAAACGUU